UGAUUUGCGUGUAGCCCUCACAGCUUUAUCAGUGCCGACGUGUCAUACGCAUAGCGCAGUGCAGUGCCAUCGCUGAAAUGUUCCAAACAACACUGCAGAGAGCGACUGUGGCAACGUGACGCACUAGAAGUAGAACCCUCGUUUUGAUCCGCACUGACACAGUGAUAGCGAGGCUUUGUUUUGAUUCCACUCUCGCCAACAAUAGAUAGAUGGCCGGGCCCUGAAAUGCGCUCGUGUGGGAAAGACACUCUUCAAAGUUUACUCCAGAAUUCCUUUUAGGAUUGUGGUACACCAACACAAGAAGGUUCUACGCAGGCGUGAUCGGAGCUCGUCGCCUCCGGCUUGGAAGCUGGGAGGGGACGAUAGGGGCGAUAGCCAUGAUGGAGCUUGGUGAAGACGAUGGGGGAACGGCAGCUGUCCGGGAAACGGCAUCCACACAGCCAGAGAGAUGUUCAGAUAGCCCAAGUCCGUAUGCUCCAUUGGAUCAUCGUCCUGAUGGGUACAACAAGUUGUCAACGUCGUACCCGGAGCGUAGCACGCCAGACCUUAACACACCUCGGGAUGAUGCUUCAAGCCCACCUGGCCGACACAAGGAUGUAAAGCAGAUUGGAGUAAUGCACAGAAUUCUGGAUUGGUUUUAUCUGAAAACACCUGCCCCUUCCUCACUGGCUGCAGGUCUUUGCUUGUUCAUUAUCGUACUGGUGGCAGGUUACGCGGUGCAUCUUAGAAAUGAGAAUCACCAGCUGAGAGAUGAUAACCUUCGACUUACAAUGAAGGGAGGCCACUUCAAAGAUCGACUUGAUGACCAACAGACACAGAACAAGAGGCUGUUUGAUUCAGUAACGCAUUGCAAGAAUGACUCCCAGGUUUUGCUGAGUGACAACAAAGCCCUGAAGAUUGAGCGAGACAUCUGGAAGGAACGAGCGGCUGAGAACCAUCGGGAGAAUAAGGGACUGCAAGCUGACCUGAGGCAGUGCUAUUCACAAACAUCGCAUGCAAUGCAGCAGUCGGCUGCAUUGCAGCUGUGCGAAGUCAGAGCACAGAUGACCACCCUGAACACGUCGUUGAUGGACUGCGCAGCCCAGCGGAGUGAGACCACUACACACUUUGUAACCUGUAUAGGCAAUCUACAUUAUGCCAGGAUCCAAGGUCUACAGAGCAAGGCUUGGAUACAGAAGCAUAUGCAUUUGUUUCCGCUCUAUCAGCAAAAGCUAACAGCGGCUAGAGGCUUGAUCAAGAAGAAGGACGACGCCAAGGAAUCAUGCAUGGAAGCGAAAAGCCGGCAUGUGGAAGCCAAACAAGCUCUAAGUGGGCUACUGGCUGCCAAAGAACGAGUGAUUGCUCGCCUGACUGUGAGCCUACACCGAGUGGAGCAAAACAAUCAGGUCUUGUCUGCGCAUAUCCACCAACAGCAUAGGGCCUCACUGCAGCCGUAUUUGGAUUCCUCUCAUGAUUGUGCAGUCAGCCUGGCUUGUUAUGAGGAUAAACUUGCGCGUCUGACCGUAUGGGCUGGAGACCGCACAGCAAGAGCUCUGAUACGUGACAUGCUGAGAGAUGUCGGCGAUCACCGAAUCCGGAUUGUUAACACACUGAGGAACAUGAACUAUGAGUUCCCGAACACGACGGAAGCAGUAGUCACGGCAGAUAAGUUGCUGAUCAGCGAAGAGGCUAAGCGUCCAUUCACCAUGCACGUGUGCCCUGAAGACAUCAUCGCUCACAAUGACCGUCUAGAACGGAUGGUUUAUCCAAUCGUCGAAUGGAUAAUUCGCACCUUCUAUGACCAAGAAACACUGGAUUUAAUACCUCCACAUCUCGCAAGGGAACACGCUGCAAAUUCCGGAAAACCUGUGUAUGUGCGAUGGGAGGUUCCAACUUUCAUGGACCUGCCUUCAGUGCUGAUGAAAAAUGUUGUGAUAAUGGGACCGUACAUACUGGUUCCAUUUUUGGCAUUUUUAUGCCAUUUGGUCGCCACCGGAAAGUGCAAAGUCUCUGAGAUCCCCAAAAUCAUCACAAGGAGACUUCUGUUUCGCCUCUUCCACGACAUGGCGGUAUUGGCCAGUUUUACGACUGGCAUGCCAAUCUUCCUUUGGAGUGCCACCCGCUUCCCAUUCAUGCUGAGAUGGCUACUGUCCAUUCUAUGCACAACCAUCAAAACUGCAUUAGAUUCGGACUACGAAUAUUCAUAUAUUAUGCUGAAUGCCAUCCAAACGAAAUCUGACGAUGACCCAUCUCACGACCAUGCCGAAAGUAGUACCGAUGCGGCACAGGUCCAGGUGGCAAGCAAGGAUGAGAGUACGGGAUGAUCCACAUCCUUCCGUAUGAAAGGAAUUGCAUUUUGCAAUGGCUUUGUUGCAGUAGGAGAGGCUGGCUAAAGUGUGAUUCGCCGCUGGCAUCUUCAAGCUGCUUUCAAGACGCCGGACAUGGAGAACAAGGUAAACUUCUUCUUACCUGUAUAGAUGUACAUAUUCAUGUAGCCAAAUUCAUGUACAUGUAUAUAUAUAUAUAUGAGCCCCGGCCUGCGAAAACCAGCACUUGUGUACUUGAUAUCAAUCAUCAAAAUGUGACGUCAAAGUUUGGGACGCGCAGUGAGCUGGCUUUUGAAGAUUCUUUUUCGAUCGAGUGGGUGUCUUUGUUGUCAAAGGAGUUUCAAGUGUCUUCAAAUGUCUCUGGUCAAUUGAUUUCAGCGCUACUUGAGAGCUCGUCACAGGGAGGUUGAGUUUCGACACAGCGAUGGCGACAGGUGUCGCGACAAGGACUUAGGUCCAGAGUUGUCAGCGUGAGACUCCCUGUACGAAUCGGCGCUGAAAGUUAGUUCGCGAUCGGAAUUAUUUCUCUGGUGGCGAUCUCGCUGAGUUUGUCCAGCAGUGGCGAGUCUCAUAUGCAUAGCAACGAAGAGCCCUCAUAAAAUCGACACUGGAUACUGGUGGCGACGAUAGUGAGUGCUGGAGUAAUAGCGACGGCGAGGAGAAGCUGAAUGUCGACGCUGAGCGAUCCGUAUUUCUACAUCGACAACAAUGAUGUUGCAGACACUGAUGGAGGGCUUCUCACGGCGCAAAACAGAGCGUAGUAUUAUCAGUACUCUACCUUACCAGACGACGCCAAGCUGGCUGCUGCCUGUGCUGAGAAAAGGGAUCCCUAAAAAGUCAAACCGGCUGAACGCUUUGGGGCAACAUCUUCACGUGCUACAAAACGCGAGUAUUCGCUCAUAUCAUUGAAAUACAAUUAUGCUGAAAUCAUGGUCUGAGUGAAAGUGUGCAAGGGAGUGGAUGUCAGUGGUAUUGGUCAGUACAUCUAUCAGUAUGGCAAGCUUUGGGACAAUGCUCAAACUGCCACCACAGAGGUCCCUGCACACAUUUUGGAAGGCCAGCCACCAAUCAUCGUUUUGCACUCUGGCGUUGUAAAGAAGGUAGUGGUGUACAUGUAUACGGAAUAUCGUCACACUUCUGAACUACUCAUGCCUGCAGCACCAAGAGGGCAAGCCUGACUUGCAUUCCAUUUACUUACAUGUACCUGUUCCACAUCACAAUCAGAAACUGUAGGAUCAACUUGCAUUGAGUCACUGGGCAUGGAUGCUGUGCCAACUGUACGGAAUCUUGACCUGUGUGACUUCAAACUCUAUUUUCCUUGCUUUCGCUUAUCAGAUUGUCACCAAACUUGAUAACUUGAAUGAUUAAUAGUGUAGAAUCAAUUUCGAGCAAAAAAAUAAUUUUUGAAAAAAUUACACAUGUUCAGGUUUCUGCUGGCUGGGGCUCAUAUAUAUUAACUGGUUUGAGGGAAAGAGACAAACGGGAAAAGUCUGAAGAAAAAAUUGACUGUCACCACCAGGACUCGAACCAGGGACUCUCGCUUGUAGCCAGCGAUGCUCUAACCACUGAGCUAUGGUGUAGUCGUCAUCCCAGCAGAGGCCGUUCAACAUUUUCUUCAGACUUCGUAUAUAUAUAUUCAUUUAGCCAGACUACCUGAAAUUAGUUCGGUAGGAGAAUAACUUCUGGUCUAAAUGCUUAGUAUGUUUGUUUAUGCGCCUUUGGCGUCUGGGACCAGUCCCACCUUAUCAUCCCAAGUUCUAUUCCCUUACUAAUAGGGCCACAUACAACUAUCGAAGCAUGGAAAUACCAUUUUCCAUCUGACAGCUUUGCCUUCAGAACUUGUGCGGUUUUCCGCAAGUUCUCACCCCGUAUGAUCAUUUCAGGCUCUAAAUGCCUUGCGCUGCGCCCAGGCAACCCAUAUAUUCAGCUCAUAUCCCCUCUCCUUUUCCUGUGACACACACAAGAGGGACAGGCAUAUGUAGCAUACAUUGCCAUAGUCACUGGACAUCUUCCAGUCAGUCUUGACUGUACACUCACGUUUUCAGUUGGGCCCGGUGAGAGACCUUUGACACACCAUUCUCUACGAUACCUUGAUGAUUUCCAAGUAGGUUAUCUCUACGAUAUCUCUUGCUAUACCCUCUCUUUGUCCUCUGGAGAUAUCAUCUCCAGUCACGAGUCUUUCAGAACAAACAUCAUAGUUAUGGGUAUCAGCCCAGAUUCUCCAUUUCCUUUAUCAUUUUUUCUUACAUAAUUUUUCGGGCUGCUGGGCCUUAAGCCCAAGGUGUGCACACACUGUUAGGUUUUCGAAAAUUCCGGUACGUGCAUUGCAAGUUUAGAUUUUGAUCUAUUCGUUGCUAACCCUCCGGUGGCAGUCCAUAAUGUGUAAAUUUUGCAUUCCUAUCUCUGAUGUUUUGCUAGCACUUACAUUCUGAUGAUACGUGUUGUGGUGCUUAAAUAUUUGUAUCUCUGAAUUUCUAUCACAAGUUCCACUCUCUGGUGAAGCGCUUCA